AUGGAAUUCAAAACAGUAUUUGGAAUCUUAGAACCAAUUUCCUCUGAAGAAGGAAAUCAAGAGAAUCAUAAUGUUUUAGCCGCCGUGCCCAUAACCAAGAACAAAGUGAUCAAAUUGGGUAGGAAUGAUCGCGAAUGUGAUAUACUUUUGCGUCAUCCGUCAGUCUCCAGUGUACACUGUAUGGUGUGGGCCAUACGGUUUGAUGACGACAGUGUUCCAAUGUGCUAUGUUAAGGAUUGCUCGUUGAACGGCAUUGUGGUAAAUGAUCGAGCGUUGAGCCGAGGUCAGACUUACUUGCUUGAAGACAGCGACAUAAUUACAAUUCCAAACGCAGGUUCCUACCGAUUCGUUACUAAGAUUAAGCUGCUAGCCAGCCACCUGGUCGAACAAUUAGGAUUUCAGUCGAAUGUUGAUAAUUGGCAUAUCACGUCCAAGGUAGUGGGAAGUGGCACAUUUGGUCAUGUUUUAGUAGCCAAUCAAAAAGGCAGUCUUGUCGAAGAUAGUCAUCCAAUCAAUUACGCUGUUAAGGUUAUCAAAAUGAAGCCUAACAGAUUGGACAAAGAAGCGAAAAUACUCCUCAAACUCUCACACCCCAAUAUCAUUAAAGUGCAUAAAACUUAUGCGGGAGUAAAGGAUAACCUCUAUAUCUUUCAGGACCUCAUAGCGGGUGGGGAUCUUUUCUCAUAUUUGGCUAAAUCCGAUUGUCUCUCCCCUGUGUCUGAGACCGAGGCCCUAGUAAUUAUCUAUCAAAUUCUGCAAGCUCUUCGCUACCUUCAUUCGCAAGGAAUUGUCCAUCGUGACUUGAAACUGGAUAACAUUUUGCUAUGCACUCCAGAGCCAUGCACCAGAAUAGUUCUCGCAGAUUUUGGCAUUGCCAAAGAUUUGUCGUCGUCACGGUCGCGCAUGCACACCGUUGUCGGAACUCCAGAAUACUGUGCACCAGAAGUGGGAUUCAAGGCAAACAGAGCAGCAUACAAAGAAUUCUCAAGAGCUGCAACUAUCGAACAACAUGGAUAUGAUGCCAAAUGUGACCUGUGGUCGCUUGGGGUGAUUGCACAUAUAAUCUUGACCGGAAUUUCCCCAUUUUAUGGUGAUGGCUCAGAAACGAGCAUCAUUCGCAAUGCGAAAAUGGGUAAUCUCAACUUCAGCGCUAAGCAAUGGUCAAGCGUGUCAGAUAACGCAAAGAGCUUUGUUCGUCGCCUUUUGGAGAUAGAUGUAAGCAAACGUUUGGAUAGUAAAGUAGCGUUCACUCAUCUCUGGAUUGCAAAGCACAGGGGCCAGCUUGAAAGAAUAUAUCACAAGAAAAUUCUCCAUUGUGAUUACUCGCUGCCCCGUGUCGAAAAGCCUAAUUGGAAACGCAAGGUGCCACAAAGUAUAAAUGUAGCUCCAGCUGCAGUGCCAAGAAAGCUAAGCAUGAUAGAUAUGUGA